AUGCCCUCAUCUAUGUGUCAUGAGAACCGACUCGACCAAGACUUGACAUAUCAUUUAAGUUUGCUGAAAAUUGGCAACUCCAAUGAUGAAUGCGAGGACGCCCUUCUAGCUCCCAUCUUGACAAGCGCAGUGCUUAAUCAACCUGCACUCGCUCCAUUGCAAUAUGGGCUUCUGGGGGGUGUAGUGGAAAUUGAGACACCUCAUCGAGUUGGCACAGAAAUCCAACAACCGAACGACGACCCCCGGUUAUUUUUCAAUGUCUCAUCACCUUCUAGUGUGUUUAUCUGUGGGUCUCAGGGCUCUGGAAAAAGUCACACACUGUCCUGUCUACUUGAAGGAUGUUUGAUCCCCUCCAGAGCGGGGAGGCUUUUGAAUCCACUUACAGCUGUUGUCUUUCAUUACGAUACAUUUAUCUGUGACAAUGGCGGCUCACCCUGUGAAGCUGCUUUCCUGGCAUCUAAUCCAACCAUCAAAGUCAGAGUCCUCUGUGCUCCAACCAAUCUCCGGACUAUACAGGGAACCUAUUCUAGAUUCAACAUCGAAGUUGAGCCUUUACAGAUAGACCAGUCCGAUCUCAACACUAAACGUAUGCUGGAUCUUAUGGCAGUCAAUCGAGAUAAUGGCGCAGUUCCAUUAUACUUGCAUACGGUACAGCGAAUUUUGCGAGAAAUGCGGCUAUUGCAGCAAAACGCAGGAUCUAAAUUUGACUAUCAAGAUUUUAAGAGCCGAGUUCUUCGUUCAGAGCUUCUGCCAGGUCAACUUGAGCCUUUGAAACAGAGGCUGGACACCCUUGAGAGCUUCAUGGCACCCCAACAAGCAGGGACAAGCUACCAAAUGAAAGGGAAGGCGAAGAAAAAGAACGCAGGCUCCAGCUGGAUACCAAAGGAUACCAAAAUUGGCAGAAUUGUAGCGCUUGAUGAGGCCCAUAAGGUGCGAUAUACACCUGAGAUUGUAAUUCGGUUGACGUUAAUUGGCUUUCAGUACAUGAAGGAUUCCGUCGAAGCACAAGGGUUCACAGAUACUCUCCUCUCAACGGUUCGAUUACAACGUCACCUCGGCGCCCGGAUCUUGAUUUCGACACAAGAACCAACAAUUUCCAGUGACCUUCUCGGUCUGUGCUCCGUCGCUAUUGUCCAUCGAUUCUCAUCGCCCGCAUGGGCACACACAUUGCAAGCUCAUGUUGCCGCGGCUGCCUUGAGCCUGCAGUCAACAAAGGAGAGCCAGGCAAAUCACGAGCCUGGAGCGAUUGGGAUUCCCACAAAGCUAUCUAUCUUCCAUCGGAUUGUACACCUUCGAGUGGGAGAGGCUUUGCUCUUCUCGCCAAGCGCCGUGGUCAGUGUUACACCUAAGCAAGCCGAUUCGUUGGGCAUGAGCAGGCUAGGUUCAGGCUAUGUGAAAAUCAAGAUUAGGGAUAGGCUUACAGAGGAUGGUGGAAAAAGUGUUCUUUCCUCCUAG